CCCCGGCAGCAGCAGCAAGAUGAGAAGCACCCUGCACCUCACUCCAGCCUAGUCUGUUAUAUUGGCCGCACUGCGCUCCUCUCCUGUGCGCAAUCCGCCUCUCCACGCAUAGUGCAUCCCAUGUGCGCUAGUGCAUUCACUCACUCCAGCCUACUCUGAGGAACAAUAUGGGGUGCGCACUGGGGAGCGUAUUUUUAUUGCAGCUUGCUGUGUAUUUGCAUUGUAUUUUACUUGGGAACUGUCAGCACCAGAGGAACCCUCUUGGGCCGAGUUCCAUGUGGAGACAGAGACUGCAGUGGCAGAAUAACGGCAGGGUAUACAGCCUACUGAGCCACGGUUCCGAGUACCAGCCAGCGAGGCGCAGGGAGCAGGAGGGCAGCGCACCCCAAAGCCCAGUUCUCCUGCUGAGCAGCCGGCACAACAGCAGCGUCUCCCAGAGCGCCGCAGAGAAACCGCAGCCUACCCGAUCUGUCACCCCAAGUUCGGAGGGGCAGCAGCAGCCUGCAAGCACAAACCAGGCCACCUCUCGCUUUUGGUUCCAGGCUACAAGGCAGAGAAGCCAGGGAGAUGCUCAGAGACAGAGGGGCUCAGGUGCCGCACAGGAGAGGCGUCAGGGCGCACAGCCAUCUCAUAGAGUUAACGGGACAGGCCGAGUGGAGGGGAUGCAGGGGGAUGACCCUUAUAAUCCCUACAAGUACUCUGAAGACAACCCCUAUUACAACUACUAUGACUCUUAUGAGAGACCGAGAACGAGUGAGAGACAGAGGCCGGGCUAUGGCACUAGGUACUUUCAGAAUGGUCUUCCAGACUUAGUUCCAGAUCCUUACUACAUUCAGGCGUCAAUUUAUGUUCAGAAAAUGUCCAUGUAUAAUCUGCGGUGUGCUGCUGAAGAAAACUGCUUGGCAAGCUCAGCAUACCGCUCUGAUAUCAGAGACUAUGAUCAAAGGGUGCUUCUCAGGUUCCCACAAAGAGUGAAAAACCAAGGUACCGCUGAUUUCUUGCCAAGCAGACCACGAUACACUUGGGAAUGGCACAGCUGUCACCAGCAUUACCAUAGCAUGGAUGAGUUCAGCCAUUAUGAUCUGCUUGAUGCAAGCUCUCAGAGGAGAGUUGCUGAGGGCCACAAAGCAAGCUUCUGCCUAGAAGAUACCUCCUGUGAUUAUGGAUAUUACAGACGCUUUGCAUGUACAGCUCAUACGCAGGGAUUGAGUCCGGGUUGUUACGAUACAUAUAAUGCAGAUAUUGAUUGCCAGUGGAUUGAUAUCACAGAUGUAAAGCCUGGGAACUAUAUCUUAAAGGUCAGUGUGAAUCCCAGCUACUUGGUACCAGAAUCUGAUUACUCCAAUAACAUUGUGCGUUGUGAUUUACGAUACACUGGUCAUUACGUGUAUACUUCCAGCUGUACAAUUUCUCCUUAUUAAAUACAAGGCAAGGAUUUCUACUCAAGGAUUUAUAAUCAAGAGAUCAUUGGGAUGUAAACACUUUUAGGGGACUGCAUAUGGACUUCAACAAAAAUGCAACUGGAUUUGAAUCAUGUUUGGUAAAGGUAUCACUAUUCUGGGAGGAGGAGCAUUUGGACAAUCAAUGAUCAAACUGUUGUACAUUUUUUUUGUCUCCACGUACAAGCACUUCAACACUGAAAUGCCAUGUACAUGGAGAAGUGAGCUUUAAGGAGUCUGUUUAUAUACCAGCCAGUAAUAGUUACAUUUAUUUUUUUCAGUUCCUUAAAAUAAUGAAUAUUAUAUUGUAUAUCCUCUAUAGAGUCUGUAAGUACAUAAAGCAAUCCGACACCAUCCAUUGUGACGUUAAUCAUAGAUGAUGCCACUAUACAGAGAACCCACGCAGAGUUAAACAUCUGUGUGACAAACAAUUAAAAGGUGUGGGUCCUGUUAUCCGGAUAAGGGCCCUCUUUGUAUACUAAAGAAUCAUUUACCAUUUAUAUCCCAAUCUGGCUCAAAUACAACGCACCGUUUUAUUAUCAGAGAAAAAGGAAAUAUAUUUUUAAAUUGUUUGAUUAAAAUGGAGUCUAUGGGAGAUGGCCUUCCUGUAAUUCAAAGCUUUCUGGAUAAUGGUUUCCAGAUAAUGGGAUCCCAUACCUGUAUGCACAGCAUAAUUUGCCAAGUAGUGUUUAUAGUUACUGGUAAAAAUCAAAAGUUUUGAAUCCAAGUAAAUUCAUAGGGCUAUGCCAACUCAAAUAACACAUGCCGUUGCCUGACUGAUAUGAUAUCAUCUUUGGACCAUACACAUUUUGAGAUCUUAUACUUGUGGCUUUUAGGCUCACAGUAUCCCCCAAAUAAGCAUUUCUUAUUAUAAAUGAACUAUACACUGAGCCAUUGGUUACAAGGGCCCAUGCAAGGGUACCUCUUAUGCUUUUAUGGGCUUUUGGGGUGUCACCAAUCAGAUAAAAGGUGCAGUAAACCUGCUCUUGACUGAAGCACACACACACAUUUUAUAAACAUAUAGGGGGUGGCUCUUUGCUACUCUGAGCAAUCUUGAUAGGACCUGCUCAAACAAAAGUAUCAUUUGAUUCUAAGGACUGGAUCAGAGAAUAUAGUGUAGAGUAACAUUUAGCCAUUGUGCUUGAAUUCAUACUUGAACAUUUGAGUGUUCCAAUGUACCAAUGGAAAAAUAAAUAGGCAAUUAUUUAACCAAAAGUAUUGUUCAAGACGGCACUACCCAAACACACAGUUUGCUUACUUUCACUCCUUUAAAAACAAGAUGGGUUCAGAGAAUGUUUUUCCUCAAAAGAACAUUCCUCAACACAAAAGGUAUCCAUUAGCUGAAAGAGCAAAAUAAAUAUGGCUACCUAAAGAGUUGAGAUCCAUUUUAAUGAGCCUUAUAAAAGCCAAGUUUAGGAUGGACUGCUAUCCAGUUUUACAGGUACGUGUUACUCUAUGUAGUAAAUGGCAGCAAUAAAACAAUGCACUUUUUGGGCUGCAGAAAGCGGCAGUAUUGCAAGCAAUACAAUGAAGCAGUUGUGUGCGUCCUGCUAAUGGAAGAUCACAUUAGUGUGGCACAGCAGCCUUAUUUUUAUUAUACUUGCCAGUGUCAAAAAGGUGCUGAACUAUAACUUGAAAAGAAUCCGUACAAGCCUAUGCUAUUAAAGAGGAAGCUUUUUGUGUAUUUGCGCUAGAAUCUGGGCUUUCCCGUUGUUUGUACUUUGCUUCAAUUUCAUGACUUUACUAUUCAAAAACAUUUAUUUAUACCCUGUUUCUUUAUGCACAUCUGUUUUACUUGCCUUUAGUAGAUUUGCAAACUUCAUGUGAAAAUUACUUGAAUAAAGUAUUUCAAGUGUUUUGUGUCCAAUUUCUGCCAAUUACACGUCUUUUUAGACAGAUUUCCAACAAUUUUUUUGUAUCCUCAGGAUGUGUCACUGUAUCUGGGUGCUGCUCUGAGUCUUCUCUUCCCUUUGCUGUUGAUGUAAAUGAUUUGCUGCAGCACUUGGAUGUUUGCUUUUGGCAUUAUGGCAGAAUAUAUAUUUUUUCCCCUUGUAACACUGAGGAAAAAUGUGAUGGACAAAGUAUGCAGCCCAAAAGGACCCUGCUGUGUAUGUUACCAAUGCUUCAGUGGGGUUUUAGGACAGACUGAUUGAUUGAUGCUGUUUUUGUUUUCCUGGGAUGGUAGACCUGACAAAAAGCUAGUCACACUCAUUUUAGUGUUGAUGGGACUUAUGACAGUAACUUUUUAAUGAUUUCUAAAUAGGCAUUUUUCCCAAGUUGAAUGCGAGAAGACCUGGAUACAGUUGAACUUGCAAAUAAAUGACUUCUGCAUCUA